AUGUUUUCGUUACGACCAGCAGCACGAUCGGCCUCCCAACUCAGCAUUGCAAGCCGUAUCCAAGUGAGAUCUUUCUCGAAUGCGCUUGUUAGAAACAAGGAAGCCGAGCCCCUCGACUUGACACCUCCCGAAGUUAGCAAGUUGUCUGCUGAGGCAUUUGAAGCACCUCAACGUCUUCCAGCAACUCACGGCAUUACUGUUUGUAACCUUCAUAUGCGUGGUUACCUUCCUCAGCAACUCGAUUUCUAUUGUGAUUUUGCUCAACGUGCAGCUUAUCACCUUGGCAUGCCUUGCUCUGGUAUUGUUCGUUUGCCCACUCAAACAUCCCACUGGACUGUCAUCCGUUCUCCUUUUGUCCACAAAAAGUCGCAAGAAAACUUUGAGCGUAAGACACACAAGCGAUUGUUGCAGAUCAAGGAUACCCAUCCCGAUGUUGUUCAACGAUGGCUACAAUAUUUGACUAUGAAUGCACCUGCUGGUAUUGGUUUACGUGCCACUACAUGGGAAUUUGAAUCACCCAAGGAUAAGCAAUAG